ACACAACAGCUUACAAAACCAAAGCCAAAAGUCAUAUGUUCACCUAUAAGCACAUUCUUUUUGGUGUGCUAAAACAUUUUAUUUAUUUUAAGCAGGGCCAAAAACUGAAGAUGAAGGAGAGAAUCAAAGGGAGAUGUGAAAAAAAAAAGACAACAUCUUUGUGUACAAACAAGUGCAGCUCUGCAAACCCUCAGAAGCUUAAAGUCAUUGAUGAUAAAUACAAGACAUGAGUACAGUUUGGCAUGUGAAACCUUUUAUGCCCCGUCUCUUUCACUACACACUACUUCUAACUAUUUCUCUUAGGUACACUGCUGUAAUGUAUUAACUUUUAUUUCCACAAAGAAACAUGUCCAUAUAGUUGGAAAAUAAAAAAGAGUAGAAGAGUAAACAGAAGUGGUGAUGAUUGCAUCUUAGAGAGGGAAACGCUCAUGCUUGUUUCAUGUUAUGAUUCUUUAGCUGGUCCAAACUGAAAGAUUAUUUACUUGUUUCAGUGAUCGUAAAGACUAAUGAUCAAUGUAAUAUGCCGAGGAGUCUCUUCUUCUCCUAUCAAAGCAAAACAAAACAAAUUUAAAACAAACAGAAAAAGGACUCUGUGAAGAAAAUCUCUUUUGAAGUAGCUAAAUUUUAAACCUUAAAACAUCACGAACUCUCUAUCCAACAAGUGUUGACCCUCCAUCUAAAGCGACCUCAAUUGUUUAUUUUCCAUUUUUUUAAUAUGUAAUUUUGAAUUCCCACAAAAUAUAAUCUUCUAUAGGUAAAUGCUUACGCCCGAAAAAAAAAAGUGUUUGCAAGCAUCUACUAAACGUGUUCAUAUGCCAUGGUCCAGAACAGACGAUAUUCAUGCCAACAUCAAAUACCACAGACAAGGCAAGUUAAAACCAAAUACAAAACAAGUAUAUAAUAAAAAGACAUAGAAUUUUAAACUCAACAUAAUAACAUUCCCUCUAAUCUUAAGCUAACCUGGAAUGCCUCGUCUAGAUGGGUCCAAAGUCUAAAACAAUAGAUGACCACAUCACGUAAUCAAGUACUUAUAUUCCAUCAGAGAAGCAUACAAGACACAGUGGUCCACCGUCCAUCUCCUGACUUUUCUUCCCCUUUUUAAACACUUCAGAACACAACACAUUCACUCCAAACCCCCAUUCCCAUCCAUCAUCACCAUUGCUUAGUCUUUAACCAUAGUUCCACCACCAUCUUCUCAAGGCUACAACUUAAAAGCUUAACCAGAAAUGGAGAAAUCACAACGCUGGAGUUACGUGAAAGACAAGGCUAUAGUCUCCAACCUUGCUGAACAAGAAUGGGAGAAUAGCAUGGAUGGAGAAGAGGAGGAUGCAGGAGAUGAAGAUAAAAGGAAGAGAAUGAUGGAGAGAGCUAGGGGUACUAACACAGACCGUGUUCCACCGCGGCUAUGCCAGGUCCAUAGGUGCACUGCUAAUUUAACUGAAGCCAAGCAGUAUUACCGCAGACACAAAGUCUGUGAAGUUCAUGCAAAGGCAUCUGCUGCAACUGUUUCAGGCGCCAAGCAACGUUUUUGUCAACAAUGCAGCAGGUUUCAUGAGCUACCAGAGUUUGAUGAAGCUAAAAGAAGUUGCCGGAUGCGCCUAGCAGGACACAAUGAGAGGAGAAGGAAGGUUUCUGGUGACAGUUUCGGCGAAAGGUCAGGCCGAAGAGGGUUUAGCGGUCAACUGAUCCAGACUCAAGAAAGAAACAAGGUAGACAUUAAAUUUCCUAUGGCCAACACAUCAUUCAAACGACCAUAGAUCAACUAAACAAUAUCAACACACCAGCUCUCUCUCUUCUGUCAUCUACUUAUGGUCUAUAUCUACAUUAUCUUGUUAUCCAAAUAAUGGCAUCUAACCAUGUCAAGAAAAGUGAAUCCUACACCAAUAUAUAACUACAAAAGUUUAGUACCCUUUAUGCUGUCAUAUGAAGGAUGCCUAUCCACAAAAUGUAAUAAGACCUUUAAUAAUGAUUAUGAUAUGUUUUUACUCUUGAGUCUCAAAUUAAAAAAAAGUCUACAUCAUAUGGUUCUUGACUGAAAUGCAUCUCCAAACUCUUAUAACCAAAUGCCCUUGCCACAGCCAAAUGGCCAUCCACUCGAGUAACAUCUCCACGAAACCGCCUCUGUUCUCGAUUACACCUUUCUCCAUGUUGGGCCCGUGAUAAUCUGAGAGUUUGUUUGGUAACACCAUCUUUGCAAAUAACAGCUCGAGAGUCUCCAACAUUAGCAACCACCAGCUUCUGGCAGUUGAUCAAUAUCGCAGUCAGAGCAGGUUCUUGUUAAGUCUCUCAAAUCAUAUAGCGGAUAUUAUUAAUCUGCGAUUAAAAAUGUUUAUCUUGUGUUAGUUGUCUGAUAGAUAGGUAAUAUAUAGGUUCAUUUUAUAUGGUCCCGCAUAAAGCGAUUGUAGCUUUUGCUUUUAACCAAAGUGUAUCAUCUAAACAACCUCUUAGAGCAUGAUUAACGGUAACACCGUUUAUGCGGUUACUUAAAAAAAAAAAAAAAAUUUGUUUAAAAGAAGAAAAAGUCAACCAAUCGCGGGCCGGCACGUGUCGGUGUGAUCCGCAAACAGUGCAAAAACUCUCCAAGAUCGAUCUUUAAUUCAUGACUUUAGGGACUGGUUGUUAAAAUUUAAAUGGGAUCCACACAUUAAUUUUCUGAAGAAACCAUUUAAGGACUCGCGAUAUUUAUAGCUUUAGAACAUCAUUAUCCAGAGUUUCUUACGGCGGAGUUCUUUUUUUUUUAAUACUGAUAACUUCCAUUGCAAGUAAUAAGCCAAACAGCCAUGGUACAAAGGAUAGCAUUGGCGUUCAAGCACCAUGCAAAAGCAAGCAAAUUAAGAGACAACAAGCAACCCAGUAGAAAUAAAAACCGUUAAGGGCAACAAAGAAAACGGCAGAGUUCUUAGGGGAAUAUAUUUUAUAAUAACAUACUUAUCGAGAUAUCGUGGGUAAAUUAUAAAUUGCACUUGCUAUCGUUGCUUAUGAAGAAAUACAGUAUAAAAAUAUCUUGAAAACAAAAUUGGUUAUUUGGAAUCAUAUAAUUUUUAAGAAAAUGAAAAAUUUUAUUAUAAUUUUAACAACAAACACUUGCUUAUGCAAGAGGAAAACCUUAAAACAAGUCAAGAAAAGUUUUUAAGAAAGACAAAAAAUACAAAAAAAAGGCAAAUUGUUGACAGAUAAAAAUAAAUAAAAGAGAGUAAAUCAACUAUGUUCAACACAAGUCAUGACAACAACGGAAACAACAAACAAAAGACAUAUAAAAGAAGCAAACUAAGUUACUUGCGAAAGUCAUACACGAAUGUCAUCACUCCAAUAAACUCAUGUUUCUGUGGUGACUAUCAAGGCUCAAGAACACACUCGUAUUAGCUUGAUUCUCAGAGUUGCUCUGUUCCUGGCUCUGAUGCUCUGGUUUGUCACCUAAACCCUCCGAAUCAAAGAAGAGCUUAGUCAACGCAUUGAAGAAAGAUAGUCCGGUGGGCCAGAGUCUUGUUCUUUGUUUGAAUUUGGCAUUACCGGGAAAGGCAUGUGAGUGUGGUAGGUAGGCAAUGAGGAUUGAGCCAUCAGUGGUCGUUGGCUUGUGCCAUUCCAGCAAUGGUGGAGUCUGUGAAGGAUGAACGGGGUGGUUGGGGACCAUGAGGGAUGUGUUUGAAGAGAUCGGCAUUUUCUUCCACCGCUGCGAGAGGAAGAAAAUCGGCGAAUGCAUGGGGAAAAAGCAAGUGGCUGAUGGGAAUGGUGUGUAAGAGCUAUGCGAGCGUUGAGGAUCUUAAGAAGAUUUCAAUGGCUAUCGCUGUGGCUAUUAAUAGCGUUGUUGUCGGAGUAAGAAAAGUCAAUGGCAGUGGCCGGAGCAUUCUUGGUUACAUACAAAUUUGCUGUAUCGUUUUGAAAUUUUUCAUUUUUUCCACAAUUCUAUUUUCUUUGUUCUUUUGUGAGUUUUUGAUUGAUGAGAAAAAAAAUUUAGAUUUGAUUUUUGAUCUGGUUUUCUAUCAUUUUACAUGUUUUUGGUAUGUUUGUAAAAAUAAACAUACAUUCUCGAUAUAAUCAUUUUCACUUUUAAAAAAAAAAAUUGUUUUA